UUCCCUCCUGCCGUCCGCUCCGCAGCAGCAGGACGGAGGUAGUUCAGUUUUUUGAAGCCGUGGCAUGAAUGAUCUCAUCUGAACCUGAUCUCCGCUUUCUCUCUGCCGUCGAUCCUAUGACCGAGACGGGAAUAAAAUAACACAAACAACGAGGUGAGUACGUCCGACCACCCGGCGAUUAGUCGACUUAUAAACCAGCUGUAACCAGGUGAUCGUUUGUUGUUUUUUGUAAAGGAACUUAACAGACACAGCCGCGGCGAAAACUCUCUUGUUUUUGGGCUAGAAAAGGAGGAAGGACCUCGGAGGAUGUGUGGGUGGGCACUUUUAGGCUAAUUAGCUUUAGCUAGCAUUCUUUUUUUUUUUGUGUGAUUAAAUGGUAAAAACCUAAAAAAUAAAUAAACCAAACUGAGACGAAUGCCAAGCGUUUUGUACCAUCGCUUUAUUUCCCUCUCCUCGUUUCACUGAACACCUUAGCCCCAGUUAGCUUAGCAUAGCAGCUCGUAAAGCGUAAAUCCAUAGCAUUAGCAUAAGCUAGCCGGCUAGCUGUUAGCUACUAGCGCAAAAUGGCCUCGUUGUCGCUCGCGAUGCUGAAAAAGACAAAGCAUGCGGCAGUCACGGCCAACGGCUCCUUUGACGGCUGUUUUACGGCUCUAAAAGUGGCGGCGGAUAGUGUAAAUAUAAUAUUAUUAAUGGGGGAAAUGUUUAAAAACACAACGCCGCCGUGUUUGUAAGUUGAUUUAUUAAUUUAGUACGUUGAGCUGUGUGAAAGUGGUGUUUUUUUUCCAGUGUGCAGUGUGGGGGAUGGGUCAUGCUAGCAGCCAUUGACGUAAAGUAGGAGCCAUUGACGUAAAGCGAGGCUGCAUUUUGUUUGGUUCCUAGCAUAAUACAAGAGCUCAGUUUAGUAGUGUUUUUACAUACUACUGUAUGUAGUAGCGCUGUUUGACACAUAUGUAUGUGUGUGUAUAUAUAUAUAUAUAUAUAUAUAUAUAUAUAUAUACACAUACAAGACUCCAAUAGUAUAUUUGCACAAUUUCAAAGAGUGAUAUAUAUAUUUUUGUGACACUUGAUUACUCAUUUCCUGAUAUUGGCUAGACAAGUUUUUGAACACCACAUGUGUGUGUCAGCAUCUUCUUGUUAAUUCUUGUCGAAACAGUGACUCAAAUUUGUUACUCAUGUCCUUUUUUAAAUUGGAAUUUAACUGUGGAUGUGUGGGUUUACAUGAUUGAUUGUAUUACAUUGGACAUGACAGUUAAGCAUCUGUAGCAGACAACACAUUUCUUCUAAUAGAUAUGAUUUAAUCAGGUUUAAUACCAAAUAGGGUUUCACACACUUGUAAUUUGCUUUGGUGUUUUUGGUGCAUGAUAAUAAACAAAAUAAAAGAUAGAAAAACAAAUAGCAGGGACAAUAGAAUUAUGUAAAAUACAUUGUUUUUAAAAUGAUAGAUCUGAUACAGUUAAUGCAGGUAUGUGCAGAACUACACAGUCUGAAGUAGAGAGAAUAUGUGCAAUGUAUAUAUGUGACAGAUGUGUAGGCAGCUCAAUAAACAACAAUAAAGUUGAUCAUGUUUAAAAACUGUCAGAGGUUUUUGUUCACGUUCAGGCUGUAGUUCUUUAUGUAAAGAGCUUACUACUGUUAUUAUAGUGCUGUGUUUUGUCCAAGAGGGUGUAAAUGUAGUUGAAAUUCUCAGUUGAUUUAGGAGCAGCACUAUUGGUGUCGGAGGUUUAAUAUAUCUUUAUUAUUCAUCCUUGUACAUUCUGUGAGUUUUUGCAUCAGUUGUACACUUUGUUUGUCUGCUACAGGUGCAACGUCGGAGUGAUCCAGAUUAUUUACGAUUAAAUUAGUAGAUUCAUUGAGAUUUAACCCCAAAAUGCUAAACUAUAGGGUGUUCAAAAACCACAUAUCUACUUGUGAAGAACAACUGUCAUGUCCCAAACUGUUCUUUCCUCACUGUGCAGUGUGUUUUCUCCCAGGUUGUAGGUCUUCCUGGUUGCAUAUCAUUUCCUUUUUUUACACGUUGUUGUUGUUUUUCCUUUAAGGAGGUAGUGCUCUCUAGUGUCUCUUGUUUAACAGGGGCCAGCCACAAAUGCACCACACAAGAAGACAACAUAUGUCCGUAAUUGCUUUCUCACCCUUUUUGUAUUUUAGAUCUUCGGGCACUUUCAUAAAUGACUCUUUUUUUCCUAUUGUCAGGAAAUGUUAUUCCCGUUGCAAGCGAGGACUCAAAGAAAGUAACGGUUCCCAAGCAAUUCAGUGUACCUUAGAUCCUCCUCUUCUCUUCUUGGUAUGGCUUCUAUAAUUCCUCUGAUCAAUCAGGUGAAGACAGUAGCUGUAAUUUAAUCUUGCUUCCUCAUUUGAUGUCAGGUUUUCAUGUGUGAGAAGAAGCGCAGUCACUCCCCCUAUUGAAGGCUGAAGUUUACAAUCGAUCCCCAGUUAGAAAUCACUACUUUGUUUGAUUAUAUGUUGAUUCAAUGUAAAAUUAUAUUUUCGUCAUCCCAGUUCUUGGCUGUAAAAUCUUGCACGGCACUCCUGAGUGUGUUCAUUUUACGAUGGUAUGUAAUUUGCUCAGAUUAUAGGGCCUUAGGUUUGCAUUUAAAGUCAAACAAAUUCUGUUUUAUUGGAGGUGAAUUGUGACAAUAACAGCAGUGUUUCGUGCAUUUAGUGUAAUUUUGGUUUCCAUAGGAAAGUGGGCAGAUUUUUGUAAAAUUGUUAACAACUCUGCUGUUUGCUUUCUUCUCUGUAAACCCUAAUGCUAUGCUUUCACAGUCCAACAUGUGUCAAUACUAUUGCCAUUGUAUCCCUGGUUUAACUUGUUGGGAUUAUUUUUAAAGAAAUGUAUCACAAAUGGACAUUUGAACCAAGUGGACUCAUUCACCCAAACGCCCUGCCAACAGAGACUCAGCCGGACACGCUUUCUCUGUCUGGAAAGUGAAAUGCCACAGGCUGCUGUUCAGAGCUCAGUCUCCUAUUUACCUGCAUCCCGUUUAUUUUGGGGAGUCAGAGGGCCGAUGAUGUUGGCAGGAGUGUUCUUUUGUUCCUGUAAGACAUCUGUGUGCUAAACGGUGUGUAAUAAGGAAGUUGACUCUACUUUUCUUCCCCUCCCUCAGUGAAGAGAAAGUGAAAAUCUUGUUCUGCUAGUUUUUGAAGCUCGGUGUGUGUGUGUGUGUGUGUGUGUGUGUGUGUGUGUGUGUGUGUGUGGAGACCCGGAAACCUGACAUCCCGUGUAAAUAUUAGUGGUUCAUGGUGGUAUAUUGUAUUGUGAUAUUGUAAAUGCUUUUAUUUGUCAUAUUAUCACUUUUACCCCUUAAAAGCACCUUAUUGAUUAGGAUACUUUCUUGAUCACAGGUGGCAGUGGGAAAGAAUUGAAGUUCACUGAUCAUGUAACUUGCGUGCUGUGUUUGUUUUCCUGACAAAGGUCUCUCUAGUCUGUGCUUACUUUGAUGCGGCGUUUGCAUUUAGUUGGUAACCAUGCUAUUUUCGGUGGCUCAGUGGUCUGUUAAAAGUGUGGUUGUUCCGCCCAGCAGGAGUCUUGCUUCAGACUGGCCUAAAAUGGGCAGAAAUGGUGCUGAACAAAAGCUGCUUGUCGCUCGUACAAAAGUACUUGAAGCGUUGCAGCCGGGACCAAGCUGCAUUGCUAUUGCCUGUGCCUCUCAACAGGAAAGAGAGACAACAUGUUCCCGAAGGGCACCAAGCGCAAGUUCUCAGACUCCGGGGAGGAGCCAGUCUCCAGCGGUGACCAGGUCCCGGUGGCCCCAUCCGUGGCGGCUCGGACGCUGACGUCCUCCUACAGCCUGCAGCGGCAGGCGCUGCUCGACAUGUCGCUGAUCAAGCUGCAGCUCUGCCACAUGCUGGUGGAGCCCAACCUGUGCCGCUCAGUGCUCAUCGCCAACACGGUGCGGCAGAUACAGGAGGAGAUGACCCAGGACGGCACCUGGCAGAUCAUGACCCAGGCUCUGGCGGCCGCCCAGUGUCCCACGGACCGCCUGGUGGCCACCGAGGUGCUAUGCCGGCAGACGGACGCGGCAGCUCAGGCCGGGCAGAGCCCAAAGCCCUUCUCCGUGGUGGGUCUGGAGGAAGGCUACCACGCCGAGGAGGUGGUGAUGGAGGGAGACGUGGAGACAGAGGUCACCAUGUCCACUCUGUCGCCCGUCUCCCCCCAGCUGUCCUCUGCGUCGUACCUUGCAGGUCCCUUUGGCAUGGGGCCCUGCUGGGAGGAGGAGGAGGAGGAAGACGGUGAGUGCGAGGAGGACGAAGAGGAGGACAGCGAGGAGUGUGUGUCGGAAGGAGAGGAGGGUGACCGGGACCACCUGAGCGCAGACUCCAGGACAGGGGAGCAGGUUUUUGGGACUUUUGAGAUCAAGCACCCGGUGCCGCCCCCUGACCCUGCGCUCGAGGAACUGUUUUCAGACGUGGACCCAUCCUACUAUGACCUCGACACGGUGCUGACGGGCAUGCAGAGCGCCCCAAAGAUGGGGCCCUACGACCUGCUGGAGAGCCUUUCUUCUCACGGGCCCACGGCCCUCAGCUCCAGCUCGAGCUGCAGGUCAGACCUGAAUGAACUGGACCACAUCAUGGAGAUCAUAGUGGGAUCCUGAAACUCCGAACAUUCCUCUGGCCUGUACUGAUCCCUCAGACUCUUUCCAGACUAUGCACAGUACACAUGUGCAUGUUCUGUAUGUGGUAUUGUUACACGUGGAGAUUGUUGAAGGUUUUGGGGACAAGGUGGGAAAUUAACAGCAAGCCAAGUAGAUGUUGGGACGGGCUGUUAGAGGCGUAGUUAGUCCGCUCUAACGGCCUCUUAGGCAAGUCGGCAGCUGCUGUUGGGGCCUUCAUCUUUUAUUCAAACAAUGUAAUUGGCAGUAAAAGUAGUGAUGGUGAAAUUAAUGAAUUUUGGGAUUCACAAGCCUUGCUGGCCUUUGGGCGAAGCAGUUAGUUUCCUACUUUGUUGAUGAAAUCCAAAACUUGACAAUAUCUGUGAGAGGGCAAAGAUAAUUACCUAUACCAUGAUGCAUUCUUAUUUACGUACUUUCCAUGUUUACGUCUGUCAUACAUUCUGUCAUACUAGCUCCUUCUGGUCGUACUCUCUGCCAUUUUGUCCAUUUCUAUUUAUUGUAACAUGGACUGAGGAACAAUUCAUCACACUACAUGCAUCAGAAACCAGAACAAAUUGUAAAUCCAAAUCUAUGAAUCAAUGCAUAUUUUCCUAAAGAUUUGAGCAAUUAUGAAUGGAAUAUAUGUAUAUGUACGUAUGUGUAUAUAGAAAUAUAUUUUUUUGCAUUAUACAGCUGGGGGGAUUUUGCAAGUAUCAUUUGAUAUUAUUAUUAUUUUUCCCUCCCAAGCGGUUUUUAAGAUUUUAAUGUAGCCAGACUCGAGACAGUGUCUUCCCAUGGUUUGGUAUAACAAGUCGACUGUAACAGGUGUCAGGCCUGGCAUCGUCACACUUUAAAGGCGCUGUUCUUUCAUUUUCUCAAAAGCUUUAUGCAGGGCGGGGGGGGUUACUGCCAACCACCAA